AUGAUGACCUACUCCAAUGUCACAAGAAUGAGAAGCUUCUCAAUCCUUGGAUUCCCUGGACUGUCACCACAGUAUUAUGGUCCUGCGUCGGCGCUCUUGUUUUUCAUCUACCUUGUUAUCGCACUGGGAAACGUGUUCAUUUUAGCCUUCGUUGUGUAUGAGAAGACCCUGCAGAAACCGAUAUAUCUGGUCUUUUGUCACCUGGCACUGAAUGACUUAACAUUUGGCACUGUGACUCUCCCAAAGAUCAUAUCGAAAUAUUGGUUUGGUGACAGCAUUAUUUCCUUUCAUGGAUGCUUUGUACAGAUGUUCCUUGUUCAUUAUUUGGGAUCAGUGACCUCUUUCAUCUUGCUAGUAAUGGCUCUUGAUCGAUUUGUUGCUAUAUGUAUUCCUCUGCGUUAUCCAGUCCUGAUCACAAACAACAUCAUCUCUGUGCUCUGUGGCUUUGCUUGGUUCAUACCUGUGUCUUUGAUGGUCACCGUUGUUUACCAGGCCCUUUCUUUACAUUACUGUAAAUCAAAUAUCAUUGCUCAAUGCUUCUGUGACCACAUUUCUAUAACAAGUCAGGCAUGUGGUGAUGAUGUGAAAAUUGUAGCGGUCACUACUCUCUGUAUGGCCAUGUUUUGUCUUUUGCUUCCUCUGGCAUUCAUCUUGUUUUCCUAUGUUUCAAUAAUCGUGGUAAUUAUGAAGAUGUCUAAUGUUGAAGGGCGCAAAAAAACCUUCUCAACGUGUACCCCCCAGAUAUUCAUAACAUGUGUCUUUUAUCUUCCAAGGUGUUUCGUUUAUGUAGCUAAUACUAUUGGCUUUAUUUUCAGUUUAGAUGUUCGUAUUUUAUUGAUACUAUUCUACAGUCUGCUUCCUCCUGCUGUCAAUCCAAUUAUAUAUUGUUUCAAGACUCAAGACAUUAAGCAGACUUUGAUGAAGAAGCUUAAAACAGCGAGGAUCGGAGUAGAGAUAAAGCGGCUGAUGAGCCGAUGA